AUGCCUGCCUCUGAUGCGCUUCAGCCACCUCUCAGCCCCGCUGAGCGGGCCAUCGUCAAGGCAUAUGGAGGAUGGACCCAGUUCAUGGCGUCUUUCGGGCUCAAGCCUUGGGAACAAGAUGAUGCAGAGGAGGGCAAACGUAUCGUUGAGGCCUUUGCCCGAGAUGAUGAUGAGGAGGAGGAGGAGCAGAAGUGA